AUGUCAAACUGUCAUCCCGAAUCCUUCGUUGAGGAAGUCAGAUUUAUCGUUGAUACUGUAAUCGACCGUUCUUUCACUCAAGCUCACUGUAAACCCCUUCGAAGGACUUGGCAAGACUGCAUCUCCGCCUUUGGCCAAUUGAAGGGAUUGUUCCAAAAUUGGGUGGAUGAUGUUUAUACAGGGGACGAUGUUGAUCAAUUCCAAUUCAGACUUGGAUUUGAUGGUCAAGUCCUGACAGGGGAUGAGAGACCUCAUGAUCUUGGACUUCAUACGCCUACGAAGAUCACCGCCACUCGUCUCUUCAGAUGA